AUGAAACAGUUAAAACUUACAGGUUUUGUUGUUUUCUUGUCCUUUUUGACUGAAUUCCUAACACUGCCCACAAAGCCUCCGGAUAUAGACAAUUUCCAAGUCACUCAGAAGUUUAUAAAUGAUAACAUUGGAUAUCUCACUAUCAUUGCAUUUGCUCAAUAUGUUCAGGAGGCAGCCUUUGAAGAAGUGGAAAUGCUGGUAAAAGAGAUGAUGGAAAUCAGAGAUAAAUGCAUAGCUGACAUGACACUUCCAGAAUGUGCAAAAUUACCUAAUGAUGUUUUACAGGAAAGUUUAUGUGCUGUGGAGGGGCUGCCACAAAAAUAUAACUUUUCACACUGCUGCAGUAAGAGGGACUUUGAAAGAAGACACUGUUUCCUCUAUAACAAGAAAGUUGAUGUAGGAUUUCUACCGCCUUUCCCUAUAGGGGACCCUGAAAAGAAAUGCCAGGAUUAUCAACAGAAAAAAGACCUUUUUCUAAACAAAUAUCUCUAUGAAGUUGCCAGAAGGUACCCCUUUGUCUUUUCUCCUACACUUCUAACUGUUGCUGCUCGUUUUGAGGAAGUGGCUGAAACAUGUUGUGAGGAGCAAGACAUAGCCAGCUGCUUUCGAACAAGGGUGGCACCUGUCAUACAAUAUUUAAAAAAAAUGUCUGUUUAUGAAAAAACUGUCUGUGGUGCAUUUAUAAGAUUUGGACCAAAAGUCUUCAAAUCUAUAUACUUUGCUGCAUUAAGCCAAAAAUUCCCCAAGAUUGAAUUUAAGGAACUUACCUCCCUCAUAGAAGAGAUUUUGUCCAACUACGAUGAAUGUUGUGAAGGGGAUAGUGUGCGCUGCAUUCGUAGCAGGAGCAAGGUUAUGAGCCAUGUUUGUACAAAACAAGAUUCCAUCUCCAGCAAAGUCAAAGAAUGCUGUGAAAAGAAAAUACCAGAGCGUGGCGAGUGCAUAAUUAACUCAGAAAAUGAUGAGAAGCCAAAGGACUUAUCUCCAAGAGAAGCAAAAUUUAUUGACAGCAAAGAUGUGUGUCAACACCGAGAUGCUGACCAAGAGAACUUCAUGGCUGAGUUUCUUUAUGAAUACUCAAGGAGACAUCAAGAUCUGUCUAUACCAGAGGUUUUAAGAAUUGGUGAAGUGUAUGAGAAUCUCCUGGAAGACUGCUGCAGAACAGAAAACCCUCCAGAUUGUUAUGGCCACGCGGAAGAAAAAUUCAAUGAGACAACUGAGAAAAGCCUCAAGAUGGUUCAACAAGAGUGUGAAUGUUUUCAAAAUUUGGGAAAGGAUGACUUGAAAUACCACUACCUUGUCAAACUCACAAAGAUGGCCCCUCAGCUGUCCACCGAAGAAUUGACCUCUCUCAGCAAGGAAAUUGUGGCAGCUUUGACCAUGUGCUGUACACAGAGCGAACAGUUUGCCUGCGUUGACAAUUUGGUGGAUUUAGUUCUCGGAGGAUUAUGUGGUGUAAAUAAAAAUCGAACCAUCAACCCUGCUGUGGACCAGUGUUGCAAAUCAAGCUUUGCCUUCAGAAGGCAUUGCUUUGACAGUUUGAAAGCCGAUGAAACAUAUGUGCCUCCGUCAACCUCUCAAGGUUUAUUUAACUUUCAUGCAAACUUGUGUCACGCUCAAAAUGGAGCACUCCAGAGAAAGAAAGAAAGGUUUCUUGUUAACUUCGUGAAGUUGAAGCCUCAAUUUACAGAUAAGGAGCUGCAGUCAUUGCUUACAGAUUUCACUAAUAUGGUGGAGAAGUGCUGCAAAGCAGAGGGACCUGAAGCCUGCUUCAGUGAAGAGGGUCCAAAAUUGGAAGCCAAAAGCCAGGCUGCUUCACAAACAUAA